AUGCCGCUCCCCCGGCCGCCGCGACCCGCGGCCCCGCUGCUCGCGCUGCUGCUGCUCCGGGCGUGGGCGCCGGCGUCGGCGGAGCCCGAGGACCUGCCUUCCGCGGGCGCGGGGCUCCCGCGCGGGAUCCUGCGGCAGGCGGCGCGCGCCGCGCUGCACUUCUUCAACUUCCGCUCCGGCUCGCCCAGCGCGCUGCGAGUGCUGGCCGCCGUGCUCGAGGGCCGCGCGCGGGUUGACCCAAAAAAGGGAUGUGAAGUGGACCUGGUAUUUAGCACAGAGCACUACAACCCAGAGGAAGGUGAGGAACAUUUGGGCAAAUGUUCUGCUCGAGUUCUUUUCAAGAACCACAAAUCCAGACCAGCUAUCAAUGUAACCUGCACACAGCUCAUUGAGCAAAUAAAGAGACAAAAAGAGGAUGGCCUGCUCUACAAGCAGAUGAAGCAACUGAGGAACCCUUUGAACAUCGUCAGCAUCCCUGAUAGCCAUGGGCAUAUUGAUCCCUCAUUGAGACCCAUCUGGAACUUGGCUUUCCUUGGCAGCUCUUAUGUGAUGUGGAAGAAGACAACCCAGUUUUUGCACUACUACUUGGUCCAGCUCAGUAGUGUAAAACAGUGGAAAACUAAUGAUGGUGCAAUUGAUUUUGAUUAUACUGCUCUACUUCAUGAAUUCUCAACACAGGAAAUCAUUCCUUGUCGUAUUCACUUGGUCUGGUACCCUGGCAAACCACUGAAAGUGAAGUAUCAUUGUCAAGAGCUACAAGCUCCAGAAGCUUCUGGAACUGAGGAAGGAUCAGCUAUGCCACCAACAACAAACUUAGUAACUUCUAAAAGAAAAAAAAAAAAGGUUUGGGGCUGGAGAUAUGGCUUAGCAGUUAAAGCGCUUGCCUUCAAAGCCAAGGGACCCAGGUUUGAUUCCCCAGGACUCACAUAAGCACAAGGGUAUAC